AUUAAACCCCCCACCACUACUUUUUCACUUGUGUUUACGACAACGCCCCUUUUAGCGAGUUAAAAAGAUUUUCAUCAAAACUGUGCGCUGUUCUGCGACCUUUUCAAGCGUUUCUUUACUUCUUCACGCAGAUUUAAGAAGAUGGUUUGCGCCAAGUGCGAGGCCAAAGUGGCCAAAAUCAUCACGCCCGACCCUUGGAAGGCCGGGGCGCGAAACACGACCGAAGGUGGUGGCCGCAAAAUCAAUGAAAAUAAAGCUCUGACGUCAAGAGCUCGAGCAAACCCUUACGGUGGGACUAAAUUCGAGAAGUGCCGGAUAUGCAAAUCAAAAAUACAUCAACAGGGAACUUAUUAUUGCCAGUCAUGCGCAUACAAGAAAGGAAUCUGCGCCAUGUGCGGAAAGAAAAUAAUCGAAACCAAGAAUUACAAGCAGUCGGCAGUUUGAUUUUGCUAAAAUUAUGUGAAAGUGAAGUGACAAAACAUUGGUGCCACUGGACGUUUUUUGUCUAAGAAAAUAGACUAAAAUUAAAUUUUCUCUGAUAGAUUCCUCAAAAUAGUGCAUUGCUUUAAAAAAUAUCUUAUUUCAUUUGUACAUAAAUAAAACACUCACGUGAUUAGAA